UCUCUCUCUCUCUCUCUCUCUCUCUAUGGUGACAUUGGUUAACAAAGCGUGUGACUUUUGAACACAGAGCAAGGGUGGAGGUUUUAUAUACUCUAAAAUAUUUCAUUGAAUGGCUCCAGAUUAUUUCGUGGGACUUGACUGUCAUUUUAUCUUUAUUUCACGAACAAUAAAGCAAUCUUAUUUGAAUAGAAUAGUUAUUCAAAGUCUCUUUUGGAUACUGUGUUUUUUAAAGCAUCUGAAGUCCAAGGAGCCAUUCAUGAGAAAAAUGUACAUAAAUAGUUUUGCUUGGUCUCAGACUCUUUGUGGACCUGCUUCAGAAUACCUAGUAGAGAGGUUUACCCUUCAGAGUAUAUACACACUGCCAUUGGUUGAAUCCUUAGGUUUUAAAAUUGUAUUAUAUGGCACUUUUCUUUUCACCGAUAUUUGUUAUAGUGGGAUAUAUUCCUGUAUUCCUCCUUAGGGGUUUAACCUUUAAAAUAUUUUUCUGUUUCUAAAACAACAUCCAGGAGGGAAGCUACUUGUUUGUAUAUAUAUAUUUUUUCUCUUUGUAAUGUUUAUUAACCAUUUGCUAUCUUUGAGAUAAUUUAAAACUUAUGAAGUAUCUAUCCAACAGUUGAAACUAUUGUCAAAUCUGUCACAUAAUUCUAAUUCAAUACUUACAGUAACUUUAUGAUGUAAGUAGUAGUAUUCCCAUCUUACCAAUGAGGAAACUGGAGGCUGAGAGGUUCAGCAACAUGCCUAACACCAUUAUUAAGCUAAUUGGUCAAGAUUGGAAACCCAGGUUUGCCUCCUUCUACUGGCCAUGUCUUUUAGAAACUCAUUUGAAAAACAGAUAUCUGCCUUAAUCAUAGCAAAGUGUACCUUUAAUACUGUGAAAAACCGAACAAAGUGAAAAUAUACACACACAAACAUAAUCUUAAAGGAAGUUAAGAUGAAAAAGAAAAUACACCUACUGUCCUGCUGCUCUGACAAAUCGGAGCAGGACUUUACUGCGUCUUUUCAUGGCUCAGUAUUAAAUCGAUACCCUGGCAGGAUGAGGGGGGAAAAAACUGCUGCGAAAGGAGGCACAGAGAAGUUUGGGGAGGUAGCUGACAGCAGGAUAAGUCCACUUAGAGUGUGGGGCUCCAACCCGGCUUGUUCCUGGCUUUGGCUCAGGAGUCUCUUAAGCAUCUAUUUGUUGAUUAAUCCUGAAAUAAAAAUCCCACUGGAAAAGAGUGGACCCACGCAAGUUCUUUUUUUAUUUGGCCGGAGAGAGACCUCUAAUCUGUGACAUCCAUCCCAUUAUGUUUGGGUUGAAUGCUGGAGGUUGUAGGAAAGAGUUUAAGAAUGCUUGGGAUGAAUGAAUCUGAACUCUGAGCAAAGGGACCGAAAAAUAAGACUGGAGGGAAAACUGAAGAAAGGAAGAAAGGAAGAAAGGAAAUAGAGGGGGCUGUAUUCAGCCCCUGGCAGCAACUCCUGAAAGAGGAAAAAGGGGAGGAGAGGAGCUAAAUUAUCUUGAAGGCCAAGCUGUGUGUGUCUUUUGUUGCCUGAACUAGUCUUAUUGAAUGAAGGUAGACUUUAGUAAUUUCUUUGAAAUAAUAGCAUACUUUUGCUAUUAAUAAAAAUCUCACCUAAUGAUUUUUAUUUUGAGGUGACAUCUGAACCUUGUGCUCUAAAGGCAGAUUUAAGAAGGCAGAAUAUUCAAGUACGGCUGUCUGAGGACGGUCUGAGUUACAUGUUACUGUGGUUUUAAGGGUCAAGGAUCUAGCCUAGAAUGAACACAGCACUGGAAAUCACAACGUAAUGAUGUGAUGCAUGUCCCGAUGUGUUCUGUUGCUUCGGGCAAGUUGUGUGGGCUGUUAUCUCCUGAGAAAUUCUUGUAAAUAGUAUUAGUAAUCCUUUCUAAGUAGGUUAGAAGAAUUAAUUUAUCUCCAAAGCAUUUUGAAAUUCUUAGAUGAAAGGCUCUGUAUGGAGCAAAUUAUUAUCAGGCUGUGUUCCCUUCUCUGAGCCAGGAGAAAACAGGCACCUUAGGGGUGGGAUGGUUGGCUUAUCCUCUGGAGUUCUUUUAUAGAUAGCUUUUAUUGAAUUUGAAGUGAAUAUCAGAAGCUCCUAAGAAUAUGAUUAACUAUAAAAGCAAACUCUUUUGAAUUUGGGACUUGGAAUUAACUGUGUUUUCAUCUAAAAUUUAAAACAGGUUUGAAUAUUAGAUUGUAAUUGGCCAGACUUGGAGGGGGAGGGCACUGAUAUGCCCCUUUGAUGAUUCUGGGUCCUGACUUUUUCUCUUACUUUUUAUUUCGGAGAAAGGAUAAGGCUGACUUUCUGAAAAGCAGUCAACUUUUAUUUUCAUUGUGUAGACUCUCUCAAACUAAUCUGUGAAAUUAUUCUUUUACUGCCAAAUAACUUGCAAUAUGUGCUUGAACAAAUUUUUAAUCUGUGUUCAAUUAUACAUUCCAAUGUGUGUACUCAAAUGCAUCCAUGUGAAAACAGCUUUGCUUAAAAGAUUUAAAACCAAGUUUUUGCUUUAGAGAAGCUAACAGUCUAAUACGGCAGGAUAAUAUAUAAGGGCAAAUAACCAUAAUGUGUGGUCUUUUUAAAAAAUGCGUAUUUCUUCCUGAAUUACCCCUACUUAAAGAAAUAAUGGUGGACAAUAGUAAUAUAAAAGUGUUGGAGUAAUUUAUUCAGUUUUCCUGUUCAUGUAUUUGCAAGAAACUUUCUGUUAAUCUCAAAGAAAAAUGAACCAGUCUAGAUGCAUAGGAAGGAAGGUAGGGCUAACUUACUUAAUGGUGCCUUGAAACCACAGUUGACAGGUGAAGUAUGAUGUGUUCUCUCCUUACUUCCUUUCCGCUCUCCUCCAUUCCUCCCCCAUUCCCCCACCCCUUUAAAAGGAGGCACAGAGAAGUUUGGGGAGGUAGCUGACAGCAGGAUAAGUCCACCUGUUAGAGCAUGGGACUCAGACCCGGUUUGUUCCUAUCCACCUGUUGCAGUGGUUAAAAGCUUUUGGUUGAGUGGGUUGAGAGUGCAUAUUCUCUUUAAAAACGGUAUAUUCCUUUCCAGUGAUACCUACACUUUGUUGCUUGUGUCACUGUUGAACUGAGCCCUCUUUCCAACUGUACCAGAAUUCCCAAUGGACUAGUGGGCGAAUUUUGCAACUAAUCACCCGAUUUACAGCAUACGCUUUCCAUAGCCUUGUAACAGAUUAUGUUUAAAAUCUUAAUAGCCUUUGCUCACCUUUUAGGGUUCAUAUUUAUUAUCCAUUCAGUUUAUGUCCUUUAGCCUUUGGCAAGCUUACAAAUAAACAGCUCUUUUGUAGAGAUUGUACCCACUUUAUUCUUCCUCCCUUGGGUGGUGGAGAACCAAAGUUCGCCAGAGUAAUACGUCUCCCUCCCUCAUUUGGGUAGGUUGGAAGGGAUUGGGUUUUGAAGGCCGGAGAAGGUAAUUGAAGUAAUUUGCAUUUGUAAAAUGAAGAAUUGAGUUCCAAACUACUACCUAGCAAAUGAACUCUUAGAGUUUACUGCCUAUUUGUAAUGGAAGUUGUGUUUGUCAAAAUCCUUGGCCAUACUGGCAGUUUAUAAUCUAGCCAGAUCUAGUCCCCUCUCCCCUUCAAAAAAAAAAAGCCCCAUCUUUUAGUCAUAGUAAGAAAGAAAAAUGAAGGUCGACCUAACUGCAAUAUGUGACAGCAAAUGUUUUAAAGUGCAGGACCUUUAAUUCCUUCACAAUUUUGUCAUAGAUUGUCCAGGUGUUUCUUUGAAAGCUAGAUGAUACUGUCAGUAAAUGCUAAAACAACAGCUGUCACUUAAACGGGCACUAUUUCAGUGUGGGGCUGGGACCCAUUAUUGCGUGCGUGUUAUGUUCCGCGGACCUGCUUGCGAACGCGUGGGGCCGGGCUCCGCGGGGCGUGGCCACCGGGAGGCGGAUCGAGCUGGGGGCGGGGCCUCCGAGCCCUGUUGCCAGUGCGCAUGGGCGGACGUCUUCCUCCGCCCCGACUGACCCCUUCAAUUUCCGCCGUUGUCCGAAUCGUUGCGAAAGCCGUUAGCCGAACGAUACCCGAGCUCCUCCAGUAACCGUCAUGUCCGAUGAAAAAGAUUCCCUGAGGAGGGGCGUGGAGAAAGGAGAAGAGCCGACGGUUACCAUCACCAGUCGUGCGUACUCCGUGAAGCAGGCAGAGGAGGCGGAACCGAUGAAGGUGGAAGUGGCGGUGGGGGCUGCCGACUGCGCUGACGACCUCGACUGUGGGGAGGCCGACAUCGACCCGCAUCUCCUAGGGCUGGAGGCCGACGAGGAGAAGUGCCGGAGUAUCCGCAGGCAGUACCGGCAGCUCAUCAGUACCGUCCAGCAGAACCGUGAAGACAUAGUGAACACAGCAAGCGACUCGUUAAGCGAGGCUCUUGAAGAAGCCAAUGUCCUGUUUGACGAAGUGAGCCGAACAAGAGAAGCAGCCCUCGAUGCCCAGUUUCUUGUUUUGGCUUCUGAUUUGGGUAAAGAAAAAGCAAAGCAGCUAAACUGUGAUAUGAGUUAUUUUAAUCAAGUAGCAUUUUGUGACUUUCUAUGUAUAUUUGUUGGUCUAAACUGGAUGGAAGGUGAUGAACAUAAUGAGUUGAGUGGUUUUGAUGAUAAUAUAGCCCUUUCCUUCUGGGAGACAGUACAGAAAGAAGCAACAUCCUGGAUAUUGCAAGCUGAAACAUUCCACUUUGUUUUUGGUUCAUUCAAGUCAGAGUCUUCUGCACGAAAGCGCCGACGUGACCGGAAAAAAGCACACAAAAUGGAAGAAAAUAGGGAUAUGCCUAUAAAGCUGAGGAAGUUGGACCUGAGUAGUAAUCAAGAAGCGACAGAAAAAGAAGUAGAAAGAAUCUUGGGAUUGUUGCAAACGUACUUUCGAAAGUAUCCUGAUACUCCCGUCUCCUAUUUUGAGUUUGUGAUUGAUCCAAAUUCUUUUUCUCGUACUGUGGAGAAUAUAUUUUAUGUUUCUUUCAUUAUAAGGGAUGGUUUUGCAAGAAUAAGGCUUGACCAAGACAGGCUGCCAAUAUUAGAGCCAAUUAAUAUUAACCAAAUGGGUGAGGGAAAUGAUCCCAGUUCCUAUGGCAGAAGACAAGGAGUUAUAUCUUUGAGUUUACAGGACUGGAGAAAUAUUGUGGCAACUUUUGAAAUCUCAGAGGCUAUGAUCACAAACUCAUACUAAAUAUUUUGUUAGUAUAGGAUGCAUUUUGUGGCUUUUCUAAAGUAAACAGAAGCACAUACUGUAUUUCUUACGAAGUGAAAAAGUAUUUUCAGGAACAUCAAAUUGUUUUAUGUGCAAUGUAAUUUUCUUGGUAGUUGACAAGUUUGUAAUGAUCUUCGGUUAUUAAAAACAUUCUCUGGCGUAUUCAUGGGGAAAUUUUUUUGAAUGUCCUUUAAGACGCUUUAUUAAUAAAAAUCAGUUACGAUGCUCUGUGA